GUGGGCGUAGCUGUGGACCAGAGGCAGCCCGCGAAGUGGUCCAAGCAGUAUGUCGAGCAUACAACAAGAAUGUGUGUCCUGACUACACAGAUGAUGAGAUCAUCACGGCUAGGGAGAAAUGGGCUGAAAUACUACAUACUAUGCAUAGACACGGCAAGUUCUCCACGGGGAAUGACGUCCAGAUACUGGAAGGUGGGGACGUCUGUUUUCCCAUCAUGUUGGAUGCGAUUGAUUCGGCGAAGGACCGUGUGUGGAUGGAGAGUUAUAUCUUCGAUGGCUCCGCUGUUGCUGAGAAGUUCUAUCAGGCUUUGAUCAGAGCUAAGCAGCGAGGGGUUGAUGUGAUUCUCAUCUUGGAUGCUUGUGGAGGUAGCGCAUUUCGAAAGGAGUGGCUAGAGGGCCUCAGGUCCAUCGGUGUGCCUGUUGUAGUGUUUAACCCGAUGCUGCCAUUCCUGACGGAUACAAUUGGACCGCCGUGCUUUCGAGAUCAUCGCAAGAUAUUAGUCGCUGAUUCAAUUGGUUUCUGUGGGUCAAUGAAUAUCCACCAGGAAACCUGCAGUUCUAAGAUGGGUGGUGAUGGUCAUUUUUAUGAUGUCCAUUCUCGCAUGAGAGGACCCUGUGUAAAAGAUCUUGCUGAUGUUAUCAUCUCCAGCUUGAAAGAGUCCGGUUCGGACAUAACACGCGAGCCCAUUCCCGACAUCCCAGCAGUCGCUGAGCCGGGCAUGUACGUCCAGGUCCUUAAUAGUUGUGUGAGGAGACAAGACUAUGGACUGCAACGGUCGCUACAACUGUUGUUAAAGAAUACCAUUACUCGGCGUAAAGUGAAGACAUCUCUUCUCGUGUCUGGCAAUUCUGAUUUCUGGCCCUUACCCGGGGACCUCAUGGCUCAGACCCACGCUGUGCGCCAGUUCGUGGGGCUACCGGAGUGUGAAGUUUCAAUGUACGCCACGCAGCAUAUGCAUGCGAAGUACUCUUCGUUCGAUGGAGUGUAUUCCUUUCUGGGGUCCAAUAAUUUCGAUCGUUAUUCCACACGGAGGAAUCUGGAGUGCAGCAUAGGAGUGAUGGACCGAGGCUUCGCUGAGGGUAUCAGGUCGAUUCAUGAGGAUAAGAAACAUAAAGGCUUCAAGCCAUCCUUGGACGAUUGUGUAUGUUCUUUCCUGUCGGCUUGCCACACCCCCACGGGUGGGUUUGCUGGUGGACCUGGUCAGCUUUCCCAUCUCGCAUGCACGUAUGCAGCGGUUGCUAGUCUGGUCAUAGUGGGCACUGAAGAGGCUUAUAGAGUCGUCAACAGGCCGGCAUUGUAUAGAUUUUUGAUAUCUAUGAAGGAUCGAUCAACGGGAGGCUUCAGAGUGCAUGAAAACGGCGAGACUGACAUGAGGGGAUGCUAUUGUGCGAUAGCAGUCGCGAGGAUGAUGAAGUUGCUCACGCCCGAGCUGGAGGAAGGUGUGGUAGGGUAUAUCAAAAGGUGCCAGACCUGGGAAGGAGGCCUGGCGGGCGAGCCUGGACUGGAAGCUCAUGGAGGAUAUGGUUUCUGUGGUCUGGCCGCGGCUACUAUGCUGGGUAAGGCAGAGGAGGCAUUGGAUCUUGAGCGUCUGGCGAGAUGGGUGUGCCAGAGGCAGUUUGCUUUUGAAGGAACCGGUAUCUGCGGCAGGCUUAUCGAACGAGGACAGAUGAAGUUCUCGAGCUCAGUAGAUUUGGUUGCCGAACGAGUGACGCAGACCCGACGGAAAGUGUACGAAGUUAUGAACAAGUCGAAGUUCGACUGUAGCGGCACUCCAGAGUAUGAUAUGUUCUUGGCUGAUCGGGAGGACAUGGUUCAGCGUUUGCUGGAUGAUUCCGAUGCAUCUAAGCAACGAUUGGCCCAACAGGAGCUCGAGCGGUGA